AAUGGCCGAAUACUUGGCGUCUAUUUUCGGUACAGAAAAAGACAAGGUCAACUGCUCUUUCUACUUUAAAAUUGGAGCCUGUCGCCAUGGAGACCGAUGCUCUAGACUUCAUAAUAAACCCACCUUCAGUCAGACCAUUGCCCUGUUGAACAUCUACAGGAACCCACAAAACACAGCCCAGUCUGCUGAUGGCUUAAAUGCUGUCAGUGAUGUGGAGAUGCAGGAACAUUAUGAUGAGUUCUUUGAGGAGGUCUUCACUGAAAUGGAGGAGAAAUAUGGAGAGGUUGAGGAGAUGAACGUCUGCGAUAAUUUAGGAGAUCACUUGGUGGGAAAUGUCUAUGUGAAGUUCCGCCGUGAAGAAGAUGCAGAGAAAGCGGUGAUUAACCUGAACAACCGCUGGUUUAAUGGGCAGCCCAUUCAUGCGGAGCUCUCACCUGUCACUGACUUCAGAGAGGCCUGUUGUCGACAGUAUGAGAUGGGAGAGUGCACUCGAGGAGGCUUCUGCAAUUUCAUGCAUCUGAAGCCAAUCUCAAGGGAACUAAGGAGAGAGCUGUACGGCCGCAGAAGGAAGAGACAUCGGUCCCGCUCUCGCUCCCGUGAACGACGCUCUCGCUCUAGGGAACGCAAUAGAGGAGGUGGUGGUGGAGGAGGAGGCGGUGGUGGUGGCGGCGGCGGCGGUGGUGGUGGUGGAGGAGGAGGAAGAGACCGAGAGAGACGGCGGUCAAGAGAUAGAGAGCGUUCUGGAAGAUUUUAAAAUUUCCUUCUUUCUUGAAAUCAACAUUCAGUCACCAGACCCUUCAGCUCUCUCCUGAUGAAAUGUGAUAACUGUUGAAAUUGUUUCCUUCUUAAUUGUCCUCUGAUCUUUUUAUUCAACGUUUGUUUGCUUUUCAAUAAAAAAACACCUUAGUCGUUUCA